UUGGCCGAUUGCGGUAGCGACCAUGGAGCUCACGAUCGUCAACAUGGUGGGCAGUGGAUCCUUGGAGAACAAGUUCGUGCUCUCGGAGGUCGUGGCCAAGACGGGCAAGCGCGCCGAGCUCAUCCCGAAGAAGAACUGCGUGCUCUUGAAGCUCACGAACCCGCGCGCGUCGGCCAUGCUCUUCCCAUCUGGAAAGCUGGUCGUGACGGGCGCCAGCACCGAGGACAUGCUCAAGGCCGCGGCGCAGAAGUGCACGCAGAUCCUCAAGAGCCUCAAGUUCCACGUCGGCCUCAUGCACUUCCGCCUCGAGAACGUCAUUGGCCGCGCCGACGCCAACUUUCGCAUCCUCCUCGAGGAGCUCUCGCUCGCCCACCCCGACAUCACGACGUACGAGCCCGAGCUAUACCCGGCGCUCAUCUACCGCAUGCCACGGCCAAAGGUGCACAUUCUCAUCUUCGUCAGCGGCAAAGUCGUCUUUACCGGUUCGCGGGACGCCCGGGACCUGCGCGAGGCCUGCUACCUCAUUUCGCCUAUCCUCGAGCAAUUCCGCGACGCCAAGCUGCCAAACGCAGACCACCACAUUGGCCAGGCCUUUGAGACGGCGACGCCCCGCGACUAAUACACCCCUUCUUCAUGCGUGCAGCGGAUGUAGCCUUGAAGC